AUGACGCGACCCGCAGAUGUUUUCGCCGUUCCGACCACAUGGCAUGCCCGACACCCGACAGUUCACCAUCUCCAAGGUAUGGUCGAUUAUCAUGCGCUAUACAAAGAAUCAAUUAAAAACCCCUCGGCCUUCUGGGCGAGACGGCCACGCGAUGUCUUAACAUUCAUUCAGGAUUUCCAUACCACCCAUAUUGGUUCGCUGAGAACUGCCGAACCCCCCACCCCCCAGGACAUUGAAAACGCGCUUGUCAUGAAGCUUCGCACUACAAUCGGCCCCUUCGCUGCCCCUAAAAGAAUUUUGAUCGUUAAGGACCUUCCGAAAACACGGAGCGGAAAGAUUGUGAGACGUAUCUUACGAAAGGCUCUCGCUGGAGAAACGGAGUUUGGCGACGUCUCUACGCUCGCCGAUGUUAGCGUAUUAGGAGAGAUUCUAAAAGUCAUCGCAGAAGCGCGAGCCUGA